CCACACUCCACCGCGCUGGCCGACGCGGCGCACGCCUACGUCCGCGCCGUUCGAAUUUCAAAAUAAAAAAAUCAAAACGUCAAAGCAUUCGUUUAUUUUUAAUUUUAAGGAAUGUGAUUGGUGAACGUUGGAAAAAUAUUAUGUGCCAUAAAGUGUAGUGUUUUAAAAUGGGUUUCGGGAAAUUGUUUUUGGUGUUAGUUUUUGUGAAAUGUGUUUAUGGUCAAGAGCAGGCCUGCUACGGUGCUGGUAGCGUUGCUGGUGCGGCGAUAGGUGCCUUUAUAGGGGCACUUCUUUUGGUGGCUGCGGCAUAUUAUCUGAGAAAGUUGUAUUGGAAGUCGCGCAAAGGAAAGCACCUAGUCUUCUCCACGGACCCUGAAUCAGUAAAGGAUGAGUUCGCCUUCGACAACCCCGGGUUUCGCCAAGACGAGCGCGCGUGGCAACACGCCCCGACGCUACCCUUAAAGGGGUCGACGUUACAUGCAGAGUUCACCAAACCCGAACAGAGCAAGGACGAUGAACAUAUUCAGCGAGCCAGAGUUCGGCGGGUGAAGCUAUGGGCACGCGACUUCACAGGACUCGGGUUCCGGUGCUCGGGCGGCGCCCGGGACGGUGUUCGAGUGCAUUCGGUGCUGCGGAGCGGUCCAGCCGCUGCUGCGAAGCUGGAGCCUGGGGACAAAAUCAAGAGCAUCAAGAUAGAGUUCUCCGGAACUCCACUAGAGGACGCUCUGGCGAUCCUGUCUCUCGCCUCCCCCUACCCUGUGGAGUUGGAGGUGGUUGAGGGGGGCAGGGUCAGCGGCGCGGGGCGGGGGGUGCGGCAUCCUUUGCUGAAGAGGGCUGGCUCUACUGGAGAUGUUAGCACGCUCGAGAAAGAAGGCAAGCUCCUCCACCCACCACAGUCCCCCAACGCGUCUCACUCCAACAACUCCACGCUAGAGACCAAACACAAGGGUAUCAAGAAGAUAAUCACAGAAAAGAUAGUCCCCACGACCCUAGAACGAAACAAGAAGGAGAAGAAAGACCUCCCCACAACGCUAGAAAGAGAGAACGAGAAGAACAUUAAACUGAACAAGAACAGACAUUCAGAUGUAGCUCAGACUACUGCUAAACCUGUCGAUUAUAAACCUGAAAGGAACAAGGUAAGGCAUUCAACUGGCGAUGUCAUUAUUCAAGCAGAAAACGGGACGGCUAAUCUAGAACACGCUGAAGUGCAAAAGAGAGAGUAUGAUCCUAAAAGAGGUAUGAAGUUUGGAAUUAGAGUAUUGCCGCCGAAUGUGCCGGAUGAUGGAGUUUUAAAACAGAAGAAUGUCGAAAAUGGCGUCGUGGCGCAUAAAGUUGAGAAGAAAACAGUUGAUGAACCAGAUAAACCAGAACCGCAACGGCCAGCGCCCGCUUCACAUGUUAAACUAGAAAGCGAGACAGAAGUAAAGAAACCUGUAGUUGCUAAAAGGAGAGAAAAGAUGGCACCGCCAAUUCCCAAUGCUAGGGUAAAACCAGAAGAUUUAAAUACAAGUGCUGAUUCUAAGAAGUCUGAUAAUGCGCCGACUGCUUUUGCUAGAACUGAUCUUAACUCAAGUGGAAUUAAACGAGACGAAAAUGGUAUACCACAAGAAUUACCUCAGCACAUGUUCGAUGCUGCCAAAGCGGCGAGAAGCAACAGGAAGAGUUCAUCAGAACUACUUUACGAAAAGGACAAUGACAGAAAUGAACAUAAGAAAGAUGAAGCUCCAAAACCAAAUAAGAAAUCUAAAGGCAAAGCGCCUUCGCCACCUGAAGUUGAGAAGAAUAAAACAGAUGACAGUAUGAUUGAACAACUAAAAAAUGUAAAUGACUUCCUGAAGAGUGAAAAGCAAUUUUCAAGCCUAUUGCAUGAAUCCAUGACUUCUAACACUACUACAACGUCAUACAAUACCUCGACACCCAAAGCAAUUAAAACCAAACCAGCACCCCAACCUAAUGCUGAAGAAUCAAUUAACUUCAGCCAAGAUGACAUUGACGAUAUUGUUCACAGACCAUUCAAACGGGAGAGUGAUUCUCUCAACAAUUACUUCGAAGAUUCCAAAUCUAACCUUUCUUCUAACCAAGACGUCCAUUCGGUUGUAUCUUUAAAUCAUAGCGAAAAAAGCGACAAUAGAUCGACAACUAUUGAGUUAAACAACAGUGAUGUCACGAUCCACAGUUCGCCGCUAGAUGACACUCUCAACUCUGCUUCAGACGACACUUCGAUUCUAGAUGAGAAUGAACGCAAAGCCGCCUCACUGGGCGAUUUAUCGCGAUUCGAAUUAAGAGUGAAGUCAAAUAUGCCAUCUACUGGUACUUUAGAAAGAGCGCAAAGCUUAGAUAUAUCUGCCGAAGAUGGUGAGAUAAAUGAAACACUGUCCCCUAAAAAGAGGAAAGCUAUGUCCGUUGUAGAAUCAACGUUCUUUGAUUCUGCUACAGAAGAUACACUACCUGAUAUGGAUCCAGAGAAAGGAGUGACAAUCAAACACAAAGAGCCUAGACUUAGCUUAAAUAUUGCUAAAGCUUCUGCUAUGGAAGGCCUUAAUACAUUCCAAAGAAAUCGCUUGAAGAAGGCUUCUGAAUUUGGCAAUUUGGAGGAUGCUAUUGUCAAAGGUUCCACUAGCUCAGUAGACUCUGAGAAGAUUGAACAAGAAGAUCAGAAGAAUAUUAAAGAACCCGAAUCACCUCCUCUAGUUGAGGGUGAGCCUCAUGAAACAUCAGAUCAUUUGGCAAGGAGGAUUAUGGACGAAAACAUGAAAGUACACUUAAAGCUGGUGUCAGAAUUUGCGAAAUCUACUUCAGAUGGUAGCAACAUGAGCUCUUUGGAUAGCACUCAUGAAAUAAGUCCGAAAAAAGAAUCGCCUGUCAAGUUUGAUGAAAAACACAUGACAUACGAUACUAACAUUCCUGAUGAUUUGAAAGUAAGUCGUAAUACUUACGUAAACAGUUUGGAACGACCUAAAUCUGACAUGAUGAAGAAACUAUUAGCGAAAAAUCCAAUUUUGAAUGUACACAUUGAUCAAAAGAAUGAAGCCGCUACGAGUAAAGAGACUCCCACACCAAUGACUGACGCAUCUAAAUCAGCUAUCAGUCAACAUCAACCAGACAUUGUCAAUUUUAAUUUGAAAACCGCUGACACUAAAUUAAAAGACCACGAUGAGUUCGUAAGUAACAUCCGAGUCGGAUCUAACAACAGUAUGAAAUUCGAUAAGAAACCUCAAAUGGAAACAUUCUCAAGCGAAUGGACAGAUCCAAGGCAAAGCCAUAAUGUGGUUACAAUAACUACAGAAAAAAUCCAACCAGUUGAAGAGCAAAGGAAAUCUUAUACUAAAAGCAUAGAAAUUGGAGAACCGAAUAUAAGAUUAAUACCAGAUAUAGUUGAAGGUAUAAAGAGGAAAACUGAAGACAAAGAUGGACGAACAUUGUACAUGGAACCAGCAAACAUGUCAUUGACAAUGACUCAGGAGCCUGUUCAGAAAACUGUAACAGUAAAUGUUGCAGAGGAUGAAUUUGGUAACAAAAUCAUCAGACAAAACAUUGAGAAAGUAUCUACGCAAUACAUAACGGCUAAAGGAGAUGCUCCUUUGCAGGUGGAACAAGUCACUUUUGGUAUUUCCAAAAAAGGAGACUUAAAUGAGUUAGACUUGGAAGAAGGCGAUGUUGCUGACAUUGACAAGAAGAUAUUAGACGAAAUAAAAAGGCAGAACCCUAACAUGCAUUUCACAAGUGAAGAACCAGCGUACACGAGGACAGAAACUAUUAUUUUAAAUACUGAACUAGACGAGGAACAAGCUAAAGCGUUGAUGGAGAAAAUAACUAACGACCCUAGUUUCAUGGCAAAAAAGACACCAGAAGAACUAUCUAAAUUGGGAAUAAGGAUAAUCAGAGAGUUAGACGACGUGCAAGAUAAAAAAGACGAUACAGUGGAAGUGACCAAAACACGAUACACUAUAAAUCCGGCAGCCAUGUCCGAUUCACAAAAACAAAGAUUAGAAUGCCCUCAGGAAUCUGAACAAAAGAAGGACCACAUAACAGAAAUCCAAGUCGUCACACCAAGGACAGAAAAACAACAACAUAAAGAGAAAGAUAAAGUAUCAAGUAGGCAAAGAGUGCCUCCAUCCGAACCCCCACUUUCAUACGAAUUGGACCCUGAAAUGCUAAACGACUUCAUCUCAAACGAACGACACCAUUCAGCCAGACAAGAGCAACGAACGAAAACCACACAAGACGAUCCAAAAAAACGACAUUCCGACUUCGAUCUACCAAGAAAUACCACCAUCAAAUUCAGAACAGCGACGUACGAAUCCCCAAAAGGAACUAUAGUAACCAGCACCGAUUUGGAGAACAGAAGAUUGUCACAGCUCGACCAAAUGCAAUUGAGAUCUGCUGAAGCUGUCAAGCCUGUAAUUUCAGCUAAACCAAGCAGUAUACCGGUGAAAGCAGGUGAAAAACCUAAACCUGUAACUGUAUCUUCCAAGAUUCCUGUCUUCAUGAGUCAGAAAUCGUUAAGUCAGGAGAACUUGACUGACAAAACGUUAUCGGUGCCGAGUUCACCGCCGCCUAAACUGGUAAGUAGCGGUAGUUCAGGCAACGUUACUGUGACUUCGAUUAAGUCUAGCUCUAGAAGCCCUAGUGGUGGUAAAUAUUUGUAAAAAACAUAUAUUAAAGAUUCACAAAAGUACUGAUACAGAUUCAAUUUAAAAAAU